AUGACGCAAGUAGCAGUAGUUCCGAGUCUUUCGUACCUACCAUUCUAUUCAGUACUGCACUACCAAGUACCAAGCGAACUCGAUAAUACCGCGCAGUGGAUUCGAUUGUUAAUUGUGAUGCUUAUUUUAUUGUCAUGGAAACGUUCUCGUGCUUCUAAAGCUCUAAUAGUAGGUAGUGGAAUGCCAUUUUUAAAAAGCACGGAGAAGAAACUCUCUGUUAGUCAACGACGGGAAAUCGCGUCGUAUAAAAAUGGUCUUCGCUGUAAAAUUUUUAAUAUUUCCGGCAACACUUACAAGGGAGAGUGGAAGAAUAACGAGAGACACGGCAAAGGAAUAUUCUUAGAGACAUCGGGGAAACGAUACGAGGGCGAUUGGGAGCAUGGACUUCGACAUGGGUAUGGUAUCCAGAGCCAUAUGGAACCCCAUUGCUUACACGCAAUAGAGUACACUGGCGAAUGGUACGAAGGAAAACGACAGGGUCAGGGAAUAAGUUAUUAUGCUGAUGGGAGCUAUUAUGAUGGUGCUUGGUUAGACAACAAACGCCAUGGCCAUGGGCGUAUGUGGUUUGCUGAUGGAACAUUCUAUGAAGGUGAAUGGAAAAAUGACCAAUUUCAUGGCCUUGGACUUUUUGCCUAUGCUAAUGGAAAUCGCUAUGAAGGAGAAUGGAAAUGUGGUCUUAAGAAUGGAUGUGGUCGAUACUAUCAUUUGGACAGUGGACAGUUGCAAGAAGGAGUGUGGGUUAAUGGAAACUGUUCCUGUAGUACCAUGACCGAUAUAUACUAUCGGCAAACAGCUAAGGAUCCAACACAGUAUCCCAUUCCAGAGAAUAUACAGUCAUUGGUGUAUGGAUUUGCUCCAGUCACUACAGUGCAGCAAAUUAUAUAA